AUGACUCAACACGACAAAUCAAUGCCCAAUCUGAUGAGGAAGGUGGGAUACAAAGAGAUCAACCAAGUGCCAACUGAAGAAAGCUCUGAGAGCCCUCAUGAAGAAAAUGACAAAGAGCAAACUGACGAAAGAGCAGCAAGCAGCAUGUCAGCCGAAUCAGUCCAGUCACACGUUUCUGACAUAUCUCUAAAGUCUGCAGAGAGAGCACCAAGUGCUUUGUCAGCUAAAUCAGCAAAGUCAGAUGUUUCUACUAAAUCAAAAGCUUCUGAAGUUCAUUCUGUAAAAACCUAUGGCACUCCCGAUGAAGGUGAUGAUGAAGAGGAAGCUCCAGAACGACCACAGAGUGCCAUGUCCACAAAAACGGCAAAGUCAAAUAACAUUGAGGAAAUAAGCAAAACAGAAGACGAAGGGGCAGAAAAUGAAAUUGUGGACAUGGGUACAGUUGAAGAUGAAUCCAUUGUAAAUAAGAGAUGGUUGUCGAAACAGAAGAGAUUGCUGCCAACAAUUAAGCUCAUUCUGCAAGGGAGAAAGACGACACAGCAGCUGAAGACAGAUGAGGACGACGCCACAUCAACAGCGGAGGAAUUGUCAAAGGAAGAAGCAGAAAAUGAAGAGGAGACUGACGUGGAAAGAGAGAUUGGAGCAGAUGAGUCGAAGGAAGAGACUGAUGAAGAAAAACAUGCAGAAGAGGAUGAUGUGGCGGCCACAACUGAAAACGAAUCUGUGGAAGCAGAGAUGGUUGAUCGUGACGAAGAGAUUCCUGCCACGAGUGCAGAUGAGUCGGAGGAUGAGAACGAUGCCAUGACUGAUGCAUCAACAAAAGAACCAGCUGAAAUAGCAACAACUGAAGAUGAGCUCGUGGUAGAAAAGGAGAUUGCUGUCACAAGUGAGGACGAGCUUAAGGAAGAGGCCGCUGUGGUAGAAACUGAAAAUGAGUCUGACAGUGAAGACGCUGGGGAAGAAGACAUUCUGGCCACCACCGCUGAUGAGUCUGCAGAUGAUACCACGGCCAUAGCUGAUCAUGAAUUGUCUCAGGAAACUGAAAGAGCAGAAAUUGAAGGUGAGAUUUCUGUUGAAAAGGAAGUUGCUGGCACAAGUGAAGAAGAAUCAAAUGAAGAGGCGGCUGAAGAUGAAAAUGCAGAGGAAACCACGGUGGCAAGUGAACAUGAAUCUGACAACGAUAAGGCUGUGGAAGAAGGGGCAGUUGAUGAUGAUGAGGAUAUUGCUGCCACAAGCGCAGAUGAGUCUGCAGAUGACAACAACGACACAGUGGACGAAUCGUCAAAAGAGCCGGCUGAAGAAGUCGAAACUGGAGACGAGACUGCUGUAGAAAAAGAGAUCACGAGUGAAGAUGAAUCGAAGGGAAAGAUUGCAGAAGAUGACAUUUCGGCAGAAGAGACUGCUGAAAAGGAAUCUGAUGACGAGGAAGAUGUGGAAGAAGAGUCCAAGAUAGAGCUCGCAGAAGCCGAAGAUACCGCAGAUGACUCUCAUGUGGUUGCCACAACUGAAGAUGAACCCGACGAGGAUGAAUCUGCCACAAACGAUGGAAACGAAAGUGCAGGUAGUGCAACAGCUGAGGAGGAAAGUGUUGUAGAAAAAGAUGUUAAUGUCACAAGUGACGCUGAAGAUAACAGUGCAGCAGAAGAGGCAGAUAUCGAAGCUACAACUGAACAUGAAUCUGACAACGAUGACGCUGCGGAAGCCACCAGUGCGGACGAAACCGGGUCCGAUGAGAAGGAAAACGCUGACAAAGCAACAAGUGAAGAUGAGAUUGCUGAAGAAAACGAGAUUGCUGUCACCAGUGGAGAUGACAUGAAGGAAGAAGCUGGUGAGGCCAUGAGGGCUGAAGAGGAAAAUGCAGCGGAUGAUGUGUCCGUUACAAGUGAACAUGAAUCUGACAAAGAAGAGGCCGUGGAAGCAGGGACAAUUGAAGAUGAGGCUCCCUCAGACGAGGGUGACACCAAGGAGGAGCAUGCUGAAGUAGUCACAGAAGAUGUAGAUGAAAAAGAAAUCAGUGAUGCUGAUAAUGAACCGAAUGAAGAGGAGUCGGAAGAAACCACAGACCUUGUGGAAAAGGAUGAGAACGUAGCAGCUGAACCUGCAAUAGAAGAAAGCUCCAAAGCUGUGACUGAAAAUGAGUCAGAGGAAGAGAGCGAUGAAUCAGCCACAGAUGAAAAUGAAUCAGUACAUAACACCACAACAGAUGCCAAUGAGAGUGCAGGAGAAGAGGAGCAUUUAAAAGUUACAAAUGGCAAUGAGUCAAGAGAGGAACAUUCAGAAACCAAGCCCGAGGAUGAGAAUGUAGAUGAGAGUGCAGGAGAAGAUGAAAAUGCAGAAGAGGAUAAAGAGGCUGGAAAUGAAAAUGAGACUCUGAGUGAGGCAGAACAUGCUGAAGGGGCCUCAGCUGGAGAGCUCCAUGACACAGUGUCGGAUGUUAUUCAAGAAGAAGAAGAACAAUGUGAGGAGGACGGCAAAGGUAGGGAAGACAAGGAACUAGACAAAGGGGAAACACCUGGAGAAGAAUCGGAAGAGUCUGGAAGUGACGGCGAUGAGUGCGCUGGAAGUGAAAGCGCUAAAGAGUCUGGAGCUACAUGUGAAGAUUGCACAGAGGCCGCAACCACAACAGGAGAUGAUAUCGAAGAACGUGACACAGCGGAAGAAGAAUCGGGAGAGCUCGAAAGGACAGGGAACGAGAUGACUGAAAGUGACGGUGGAGUAGAAGGUGGAGCAGAAGGUGCAUCUGCAGGAGGGGAGGUUGGGGAAGUCCAAACAGGAAAGGAAGAUGACAGUGAAAAUGAAUCUGCAGAAGAUAGCGGACAGCAACUUACAGAAGGAGAAGAAGAAAGUGACGUGACUGAAGAGCAUCGAGAAGAUGCUAUUAUCGAGACAAAUGGUGAAACAGCGGGGCCCGAUGAUGUGGUGGAGCUGAGGCCAGAGGAGGAUGGGGAGGAGUUAUCAGAAAACAAUGGCGAAAACGAUGUAGAGGAAGAUACUGCGGAACAAGGAACACACGUCACACAAUGUGAACGCAUUAACGUCACAAAUGAUAAAGACGAAGACGUCGGAGCCUCCGAAAAAGAGGAGGAGGAAACUGAGGCAGCCAACGAAGACUGGAGAGGAAACCAGGGAGAUUCGGCUGACGGAGAAGACGAAGCAGAGGAAGACGAAGCAGAGGAAGAUGAAACGGAGGAAGAUUCAGACAAACCGGGGGAAGAAACUGAUCGUAGAAAGCAGGAUUUUGUUCCAAACAUGGCAGAGCGUCAAGACGCAGUUACGAGAGCAGCUAAGGAAAUGGCAUCAAUCCCACUUGAUACUUUGAUCAAAGGGAACACAGAAUCUGAGGAUGGCGCUUAUGCUGAUGUUGAAGAUUCUGAGACUGAAAUAAACAGCCAAGAAGACGCGAGAAGCCUCGAGUCAAAGACUAAGGAGUGA